AUGCAAAACCAGCAGGCCCACUGCUUCAGCUCUCUCAGUGACAACAGGGAACAACAAUUAACAGAUCUGUGCAACCACACUAAAAUAGUAGUAACGGCUCAAGGAAGAGGAAGGAUUCUGAAGAUUCUGUUCCUGUUGAUACUCUGUCUGCAAGACUUCACUGGUCAAUGCCAAGAUUCAGAGCAGCCGUCUGAUCUGAGGAUAGUUCUGGUGGGUAAGACUGGAGCAGGGAAGAGUUCAACAGGAAACACCAUCCUGUGGAAAGAUGCCUUUACAGAAGAGGCCUCCCUUGUGUCUGUAACUGAAAAAUGUGAGAAACAGAGUGGAGUGGUGGGUGGGAGUAGGAUUGAUGUCAUCGACACCCCAGGACUCUUUGACACAACCAUGUCUCAAGAAGAGAUGAAAAGUGAAAUAGUCAGGUGUAUAGAAAUGUCAGUCCCAGGACCUCACGCCUUCCUGCUGGUGAUCAGACUGGGGAGGUUCACAGAGGAGGAGAGGAACACUGUGAAGUGGAUCCAGGAGAACUUUGGAGAAGAAUCCUUAAAGUACACCAUCAUUCUGUUCACUGGUAAAGAUCAAUUGAAGGGGAAAACAGUUGAAGAGUGUCUGAAACCUUGUUUUUCAGUUCGGGAACUGAUCCAAAGUUGUUGGGGAAGGUACCAUUGUCUCAAUAAUGAUCAGAGGGAUGAUCGUGUUCAGGUCACACAGCUGCUGAGGAAGAUAGAAGAGAUGGUAAAGAUGAAUGGAGGAGAGCACUACACCAAUGAGAUGUACCAGGAGGUUCAGAGAAAAUUGAGAGAAGAGGAGAAGAGGAUGAGAGAGGAGAGGGAGAAAGAGAGGAGGAGAAAGGAGGAGGAGAUACGGGAGCAAGAAAGGAGGGGACGGGAGGAAGAAAAUAAGAGACGGGAGGAAGAAAAGAGGAGACAGCAAAGAGCAAGAAGAGAAAAUAUUGCGAUAGGUUUAACUUCAGCAGCAGCUGCUGGGGCAGUAGUAGCUGGGACUACAGUACUUGUUGCUGCUGGAGCAGCAGUGGCCGUGAUAGCAGGACCAGUUCUGUUGGUUGGGGGAGCUGUAUCUGGUAUAGCAGCUAUUGCUAUUUUGGUAAAGAAGAGAAGACAGUAAAAAGCAGUAGUACCACAGAUGGAAAUUAGCUACUGUAUUCAGAAGCUAGUAGAAUACUUACAAUAUUAAUGUUGAGCAUUAUGG